AUACGGCAGCUGCAGGACGAGUGAGUCCUGCGAAAAUGGCUGCACUGACUGCUCUCUCGUCUCCUACAACUAAGAGAGUUGGGCUUGGACGAGGAUCUUCGACAUUUUCGUCUACGUCGGAGGAACCUGAACUGGAGCUGCACAGUCCACGACCCAAGAAACUCUUCGACAAAAACAUUUCUAGCAUAAGCAGUCUUUCGGCUACUGCAAGAGCAGAAAGCGUGCAGUUGGCAAGGGAGAGGCGUGCUCGACAACGUGGACGGAUAGUUGCUUCCAGUCCGCCCCCUGGGGCAGCCUUGUCUCAGAAAAUUUCCGCAGCAGCUAUGUCCUCAACAUCAGAGGACUCCUCUGAGUUGGAAUGGGCACCAAUCGAAAUCAAGCAGUUGCGGAGGACCAUGACCAAGGCUUUGGAGGAGGUUCGUCAGAUGUCUAUACUGGGAAAAACGCCAGCUGAAAAACGCUUGCAUCGUGCUAACACCGCAAGAGACGCGCGGGAGCGUCGAGAUCGCUUGCGGGGACGCAUGGUUCAGCAAAUCAGCGUAAAAAGGACUAGCAAAGACGAGCUGGAGCGUGAUUCCAGUAAGGAGAGCACGGUGGCAAGCACAGAUGAAGAUCUCCAGCAAAAGAAUCAGGGUCGUGACUAUGAUGAUGUUCAUGCACAUACUGUAGCAGUGCUCCAAGACACAGAAGCCGUGCUCUCAGAGGCUGCAAAAAAGCUGUCUGCGAAAGAGAGAGAAACACUUUUGAAUCCAGGACAAGAGAAGGUGUUACACGAAUGGGCAAGGAAGUCCGCAUUGGAAGCUGAGAGGAUUCUAGAAGAAAAAGCCCUCCUCGCUCAGGCAACUCCUGAAGAACGUCCGAAAAAGUCAAGACUGUCUACCGUGAGGAUGUCGGAUUUCCUUAGGGAUAUCAGUGGUUCUGAGGAGGAAGAAGCUCCUGUGGCGGUUGAUGUUGAGGAGUUGCUGGACGACGAAAACGCAGAAGAAGUACCGCAUGUCCCAGAAGAUCAAAAAACCGAUUUCAAUCAGGUUGCAGGCACAGUUUUGACUGAGUACCGGGUUGAACGCUACGACGAAAAAGACGGAAUGUGUUUGGUCAACGUGGCUGAUCCAACAGACGUGGUUGAAGUCGCAUGCUCUCUCCACUACGAUGAAGGUCUGAUACCGGAAGAUCUGGAACUAGAUAAGCAAGCUGGUGCAACUCGAAAGGCCUCUUCAAAAGCU